AUGGCCGCGCCCGUCGACUACGGCGGCCUCGCGAACCCCUUCGAGGGGGGGGACGACGUUCCGUCGGGCGAGGAGUCGGACGAGGAGCUCGUGCGGCUCACCCCCGCGCCGGCCGCGGAGCGCUCGGACGUCUGGACGGGCUUCCGGCGGCGAGCGGCGCGCAUCGCCGCCGGCCUCGUCGCCUACGCCGUUGUUUUGACUGUUGUUGAUGUUACGCGGGUAACAACAAUCAACACCGACGCCGCCGCCGAGGACAUUCGCCUGCGCGUCGCCCUGCCGGCCGCGGGCGCGCCGAUGCUUCUGAAAGCGACGGCGUCCUUCGACCGGCCCGACGACUGCGCGUACGCCGUCCGCUACGCCCCGACGGCCGGGUCGUCAUUGCCGGCGCUCUGGACCGCGGCGACGCGGACGGCGGCGUCCCUGGACCUGUAUCGCCUGCGCCCCGCGACGGCCUACGCCGUCGAGCUUUUUCGGAGCUGCGCCGCGGACGAGCCGGAGCUCGUCGGCUCCGCGACCUUCACGAGCCGCGCCACGGGCUUCCUGCGCUUCGACGGCGCGCCCUACGCCGACGUGCGCGGCGCGCCGUCCUGGGCGCUGGGGUCCCUGGCGACGUUCCCGGGCUUCGAGGCGUCUCACGACAAGGUCUUCGAGGGUUUGUUCGCGAUCGACGCCGAGGGCUGGGUCGUCUGGGCCUACGCGGCCUGCGCGCCCGAGGCCUGGGACCGGACGGCCGCCGGCGCCGUCGUCGUCUUGUCCCGCGCCGGCGGCGGCUGCGCCGGCGCGGUGGGCCGCGGGGACGCGCCCGCCGCGUUCGAGAAAUUGCGCGCCGACGGCGAGACCGUCGACGCGGCGACGUCGCGCAUCAACGUCGUCGCCGUCGACGGGACGCUGGAGGCCCAGCACCUCGCGACCUGCGGCGGGCCGCCGUCGAACUUCUCCGCCGUGAGCCACGAGGCGCGCGUGCUGGAGGACGGACGCGUCGCGACGACGUCUUACGGAGUCCGCGUCGGCGACGCGGCGACGCGGGACCCGGACGGGACGACGAUUUCUUACGGUCUCGUGGCGUCGUCGCUGAUCGACGUCUGGGACCCGGCGACGGGCGCCUUCGAGACGCUCUACGAUCUGGCGGAUUUCGCGCCUUUACCCUCGUCGGCCUUCGCGCAGAACGCGUACCGCUUCGUGCCCUGGGAGAACAUCGCCGGCGAGUCCGCGGCCUCCCCGCUCUCCGGCGGCGCCUGGGAGCUCUACAAGUACGCCUUCGCCGUGGGCCCCGGCGCCGCGCCGCGGGCGCUCGACGUGGCCGGGGCCGUGCUCGGGCCGCCGGAGGCCGUGCUCAACCUCGGCUGCGACGGCCGCAAGGCGUCCGUGGACCUGGCGCCGCACGGGCCCCAGCUCCACUGGGUCGAGGCGCCGCCGACCGUCGACGGCGCGGCGCGCGCCGCGGCGGCCGCGGCGGCCCUCGCGGCGGCCCACGACGACGCGCUGCGCCGCGGGGCGGCCCCCGGGGGCGACCACCUGUCGCUCUUCGUGCCGGACCUCGCGAAACCGCUCGCGGCGCUCGCCGCUUUGGACGCGCCCGUGCUCCGUCGCCGGUCCGAAACCUUCGCCCACGCGGCCUUCGACGUCGAGGGUCAUAUCUAUGAACUCGUGGCGCCGCUCGCGGCCGAACACGACGCCUGGGCGCCCUGGGCGCCGGACGAGUGCGGCGACAAACACGCCAUCCUCGAGACGCCCGCGCGGCUUUUAGAGCUCUACGCCGCGGCCGUCGCCGACGCCUCCGACGGCGUCCGCGCCUGGGCGGCGGCCCGGGGCCAUUUUCCGCCGCUCCUCGCCGGCGUGACCGUCGCGGUGCCCGCGGUCGCGGACGCGGCCGACGCGCUCGGCGACCUCGCGAAAAUCGCGGGCCUCGCGGCGCUCCCGCCGCGCGCGGCCUGCGCCGGCGCGGCCGUCGCGGUGAAGAUCGCCAAUUCGGACGCGAGAGUGGCCCUGCGCUUCGCGCCGUCGGCGUCGGCGUCGGCCGCGGCCGCGGCGGCCGAAUCGGACGCGAGAGGGCUCCGGAGCCGCGACGACUGGGGCGGCUGGUCCCACUGGCUCGACCGCCACGUCGGGCUCAAGUACGUGCCCGGCGGCGACGAGGACGCCGCCUGCGACGUCUCGCGGCGCGUCAGUGCGGCGCUCGAAAGCCGCGCCGUCGCGCAGCGCACCGCCUACGACUUCGGCCCCGCGGGCGAGCUCCACUGGUACGUCGCCUACGGGCCGACGGCCGUCGAGUACCACGUCCGCGACUGCGUCGCCGCGACGACGAACGGCAACGCCGAGGUCUGCAUGUGCGCGCCGACGAACAACGACGCGGACUACGCGGCGCUCACCGGCGGGCUCUCGUGCUACGACCCCCCGGCGAACGCGGGCACGACGCGCGGCGUCGACGACGACGGCGCGAGUUAA